GACGACAGCGCCGUCUACUACGACUGUUUUUGUGAGAAAUCAUUUCAGCUGUUUUAUUAGUUCCAAAUGGUUUAACCUUGUCGAAAUGAUUGAUAUCGUGUUAAUAAGAAAAAGGACGUUAUUGUUAUAGUGUUGUUAUGCCUGAUACAAAAGACAGAUCAGCUGAUCAACGAAUGAAUACUCCUGAUACGUCCCAGCUUGGGGUUCCUCAACAAAAGUCUGCCUACAGGCCGAUGUCAAGUUCACAACAACAACAACCAGUCAAGUAUGGAGAAAUUAUCAUUCUUGGGUAUAAUGGUCAUCUACCACAAGGAAACAAGGGGCGAAGAAAAAGCAAGUAUGCAUUAUAUAGACGACCAAAGGCUAAUGGGGUUAAACCAUUUCGAAAACACAUAGUGAAAAAUCCUCACUCUUCUAAGGCAGUGCAAGAUAGCCAUCAACAUUCAGUAACAUACACAUUGUCUCGUAACCAAGCUGUGAUAGUAGAAUACAAGGAGGACCCAGACACAGAUAUGUUCCAGAUUGGAAGAUCAUCUGAAGAUCAGAUAGAUUUUGUUGUGAUGGAUACCAUACCUGGCAACCAACGAAAGGAGGGUGAUGGUGUUACUCAAUCAACCAUAUCAAGAUUUGCAUGUAGAAUUCUAGUGGAACGAAAUCCACCAUAUACUGCCAGAAUAUAUGCUGCAGGGUUUGACUCAGGCAGAAAUAUUUUCCUAGGGGAGAAAGCAGUGAAGUGGUAUUCAGGUGAGGAGAUUGAUGGUCUAACCACCAAUGGUGUGUUCUUAAUGCAGCCCCAGAGUGCAUUUUGUCAGUCAACUACAGCAGGGGUGUGGAGGGAGGUCUCUGUAGGGGGCACAGUGUACGCAUUGCGAGAGUCAAGGUCAACACCUCAUAAAAGUAAUCAGAUACUGGAAGAGAACAAUAUUCUACAAGAUGGAACUUUAAUAGAUUUGUGUGGAGCCACGUUACUAUGGAGAUCAGCAGCUGGCCUGUCUGCUUCACCGAGUGAACGUGAGUUUGAAGACAUGGUAGAUGAUAUAAAUGCAGGUCGUCCACAGUGUCCUGUAGGCCUUAUGACCCUCGUACUGCCUAGGAAAGGGACGCUGGGUAUAAAUGAUAAACAACCAUUUGUCUAUACAAAAUGUGGUCAUGUGCAUGGCCAGCAUCAGUGGGGACAGGGGAACAAUAAUGAUGGAAGAACCUGUCCAUUAUGUCUUACUGUUAGUCCGUUUGUGAAGUUAAAGAUGGGAGCAGAAUUGAGUUUGUAUGUUGAUAAUGAACAUCCCACGUACUGCUUUAGUCCUUGUGGUCAUAUGGCCUCUGAAAAAACUGUCAAGUAUUGGUCACAAGUUGCUGUGCCCCACGGUUGCCAAGGUUUCCAUGCUGUUUGUCCAUUCUGUGCCACACCCCUAGAUGAGGAACCAGGAAUUGUUAAACUUAUAUUUCAAGACUACACAGACUGAAUGUUAGCCACGUGUUCAUUCUUGAUGUAUCCAUGAUUUAUUAGGCAAAAAGGUAGUACUGGAUAUACAGAGUAUUGACAUUUUUUGCCACCCAUUAUGUGAAUGAUUAAUUCUGCCUUAUUAUUCCAACAUUUCAAUGUAGUGAAACAGCAGUGUACAUUGUAGUGUAAGAGGAAAUCAAGAAAAAAUAUAUUAGAUGAAUGAAACAAGCAUGUUUGGAAAUGAAGGAGGAUAUCAAAGAUGACCAAAUAUUUAUUAGUGCAGACUUACAGAAAUAUAGGGUUUAAAAGGCACUUGAAUUGUGCACAAGGUAUAUCGAAAUUUCUGGAUAUAUGAAAAAUGUGGUCAGGUGACCACAGAAAAAGAAACAAGAUAGAUGUGCCAAACAUGAAAAUAGUGGAACAUAUCAACGAAAAGCUGACCAAAGAAAUACAUUUAAUGCAAAGACCUUACAAGUGGAAUAUACAGUGUGGUUGUACUGUAUAUAUGACAUUGAUGUUUACACAGAUUGUAACUUAUGCAAAUCCGAAGGAAACUUGUGUUAGAUAGACUUGGCAUUUUUGUGAAAAACAGUCAGUUACAAAGAGAUGUUGAUUUUUUAGUUCAUGUUUGCAGCAUGGUAUUUAUGCCCCCCUUCUAAGAAGGAGGGGUUUAUUAUUUUGCAGAUGUCGGUCAAUUGGCCUCAGUCCAUAGAUAAUCGGUUUCCCGAUUAUAUUAUCCCCCGCCGAUGAAAUCGGGAAGGGGGUAUUGAAAUGGCGUUGUCCGUCCGCCAGUCCGUCCGUCUGUCCGUCCGCAGCAAUUUCUCAGUAACUACUUGGUAGAAUUUCAUGAAACUUGAAAUAGACAUGAACUAAAAUACUGCGAUGAUGCCCGUCAAGUUAUUUUUUUGAUUGGUCAAUUUCCCUCAGAGUUAUUGCCCUUGAUUUAAUAAAAAAUGUCCGUCUGCAGCCAUUUCUCAGUAACUAACAGGUAAAAUUUCAUCAAAUUUGAAAUAGACAUGAACCAAGAUACUGCGCUGAUGCCCGUCAAGUUUUUUUUUUUUGAUAGGUCAAUUUCCCUCGAGUUAUUGCCCUUGAUUUAAUGAAAAAUGUCCGUCUGCAGCCAUUUCUCGGUAACUAGCUGGUAGAAUUUCAUCAAAUUUGAAAUAGACAUGAACCAAGAUACUGCAACGAUGCCCUUCAAGUUUUUUUUCGAUUGGUCAAUUUUCCAUAUAGUUAUUGCCCUUUAAUUGUUUAAAAAUCCACAGAUCUGAACAUAACAAACCAACCAAUUGGAAGAAUUUCAUUAAACAUCUUUCAUUCUUUUCCCAUGAACAUUUAUUAUAAACAUGUGAUGUUGUGUACCUACACCUGGUCACCACCUUACCUUGGUCCCCCCCCCCCCCCAAAUUUUUUUUUUUUUUUUUUUUCAUUUUUCGUUUUCUAUCAGUAUUUAUAAUCAACCUGUUAACUGUUGUAUCCUCACCCCACCCCCACCCAAACAAACCAUUCAUUUUCUUUUAAUUUGAUUUUGACUAAUGAAAUUAUUUGCUUCUUGGUGACAUUCUUAACUUUUUGCUGGAUAUAUUUUUUUGCCGUUCCUUAACUCUGACCCUUUCGGCGGGGGAUUCCAAUUCAUCGAAUUUGCUUGUUAUAUAAUAAUAACACAAGAAUGCUUGGGCCUAGGAUCAUGAAAGUUGAUAGGAAGGUUGGUCAUGACCAGCAGAUGACCCCUAUUGAUUUUGAGAUCAGUAUGUCAAAGGUCAAGGUCACAUUGACCAGAACAGUAGAACUUUUUUGCCAAAUAACUAGAGAAUGCUUUGGUCUAAGAUCUCAUUUGAUAUGGAGGUCACUUAUAACUGGUAAAUGACUGAUAAUUAUUGAUUUGAGGUCAGUACGUCAAACGUCCAGUAAACAGUGACCAAAUAAUUUCUGUUUCUUGUGCAGUUACUGAAUGCAUCAAGGGGGGCAUUUCAUGUUCUUCAAGCUCUUGUUGAUGAUGAAGUUAAUUAGGGAGGUUGGAUCAACUUAAUAUUUACAUGCAUACAGACAUACAUGGAAAUUUCCUGUAUGUAGAAAUAAAUGUCGAGCGACAGCAUUUUGGGGAUUCCCCAGUCUAUUGGUAUUUCAAUACAAGUCGGCUUUCAGGGGAUUUUCAAGGCUAUUCAUAUCUUCUUAAAUGAAAAAUGAUGGGGAUUUCCCAGAGUACUUAUAAUGCUACUAGGAGUUUCCAUGAUAUUAAUUAAUUAACUAGAUUACUGCUACUGCAGGCAACUCAGAAUCUGUUAAAAUUUGUUAGGAAUUUUGACACUCCAUGUGCUUACAGAUAUAUAAAGUAAACUUUCAAUUAUGCAACUAGUAUGAAAUUUCAACCACAAUGAAUAGCAGAAACUUCAUCUCAAUGUGAAUUUCAUGAUACGACUGUUACAGAAUAAAGUACAACUACCAGUUCUAGUACAAUGUUAGUGUUAACAAUCAUGUAUAACCAAGGUGAUUAUAAUUGUUGUACUAAACAUUCCACAUAGUUUGUGUUGUAGCAGUAGUUGAGUAUGGUAUAUAUAACAUUAAAAGUUUGUAACUAGACAUGUAAUUAGUACACUUUUUUGGUGAUGUAGAUGAUGUUUAAAUAAAUGACUGUAACCAUGCCAACAUGAAAAAACUGAAAUGUUGAACAAAAUAAAUGGAAAUGUCAAAUUCCAUAUAACCUUGAGAUGAAGGUUAUUCACUGCAUAUGAAUGACCUUCACCAAACUUUUAGACAUUAUGAAUUUUGAAAGUUGUCAAAUUGCUAAAUGUAUUAAUUAUUUGUAAGUUGAUCAGUUAGAUUUUGAAGAAAAAUUAUUCUGAAUUUUCAAAAAUGUAAUUUAUGAGUUUGCUCAGCAGUUCAUUAUAUCAUUGAUGCAAUGUGAACAUGCUUUUAAGGUGGUGUGAGUAUGCUUUUAAGGUGGUGUUGCUAAUUAUGAAUAUUUUAGUCACAGUUCUAUUGCCAUUACUUGCUACAGCUGCAGAUUAGGGUAUUUAUUUUUGUAUUAAAUACUUACAUGUUCAUGUAUAAACAUACACGGUGCUGGAAUAGAUUUAUUCACUUGCUUACUCGUCUUCGUAUAAAGCUGUGAGAGUUAUAUGGUUGAUUUUGACAUCAAAUUAUUCUGUUUAUUUCUUUAUGCUAAAAGUAUAAACUUUUCUUUGAUCAAUUAAACCACUUUUUCUGUGCAAAGGUUCUUUAUAGAAUCUUUUGUGUUAAUUUAAGCAAAGUGAUAUUUUUAAUAUAACCUGUAACAGUUUCUGUGUCUGAUUUCGAUUUUGCUUACCUAAUCAAUAUUAAAGAUGGAACUUGAAUGCACUUCUUACAUAGUUUGAACUACACUUGACUAUAAACAGAUGUGUUAUUAUACCCCCACAAAACGAAGUUUGGGGGGUAUAUAGGAGUGAGCUUGGCGGUCCGUUGGUCGGUAGGUCCGUUGGUUUUGCAUGCCUUGUGGAUGAUAACUCAAGAAAGGAUUGACCAAUUGAAAUAAUUUUUGGUACACAGGUGUAACAUCAGAAAAUACAGGUCAAGUUUGAACUUGGGGUCAGUAGGUCAAAGAUCAAGGUCACAGUGACCCUGAACAGUUAAACUGUUUCCGGAUGAUAACUUGAAAAGGCUUGGGCCGAGGAUCAUAAAUUUUGGUACACAGGUGUAACAUCGUGAAAUGCAGGUCAAGUUCGACUUUGAGGUCUGUAGGUCAAAGGUCAAGGUCACAGGGACUCGGAACAGUUAAAUGGUUUCCGGAUGAUAACUUGAGAACGCUUGGGCCUAGGAUCAUAAAUUUUAGUACACAGGUGUAACAUCAUGAAAUGCAGGUCAAGUUCGACUUUGAGGUCUGUAGGUCAAAGGUCAAGGUCACAGGGACUCUUAAAACAGUUAAAUGGUUUCCGGAUGAUAACUUGAGAACGCUUGGGCCUAGGAUCAUAAAUUUUGGUACACAGGUGAAACAUCAUGAAAUGCAGGUCAAAUUCGACUUUGAGGUCUGUAGGUCAAAGGUCAAGGUCACAGUGACUCAGAACAGUUAAAUGGUUUCCGGAUGAUAACUUGAGAACGCUUGGGCAAAGGAUCAUAAAUUUUAGUAUACAGGUGUAACAUCAUGAAAUACAGGUCAAGUUCUACUUUGAGGUCUGUAGGCCAAAGGUCAAGGUCACAGUGACUUGGAACAUUUAAACAGUUUCCGGAUGAUAACUUAAGAAUGCUUGGGCCUAGGAUCAUGAAAAUUGAUAAGGAGGUUGGUUAUGCUAGCAGAUGACCCCUAAUGAUUUUGAGGUCAGUAGGUCACAGGUCAAGGUGAUAGUGACCCGGAACAUUUAAACAGUUUUCAGACAAUAACUUGAGAAUGCUUGGGACUAGGAUCAGGAAACUUAAUCUGGAGGUUGGUCAUGUCGAGCAGAUGACCCAUAUUGAUUUUGAGUUCCAAAGGUCAAAGGUCAUUUAAACCAUUUACGGACAAUAACUUGAGAACGCUUGGGCGGAGAAUCAUGAAACUUUAUAGGGAGGUUGAUCAUGACUAGCAGAUGACUUCUGUUGAUUUUGUGGUCAGUAGGUCAAACGUCAAGUAAGUUCGUCUUUGACAUUGGUUUAGUUCUGUGACAAGGCCAUAUUGUGGGGGUAUAAUUCGUCACUCUUGUGACAACUUUAGUUUUGCAUGUAAUCACACACAACAGUUAAAACGUAUGUUGAAAUUGCAUUUCGUGAUGACAUCACUCCACUUUCUACAUUGCAUUUAUUUAAUUAAAAGUUGAUUAAGGCAAGGCGUCAGUCAAGAUUUACAGUAGAAUGAAAAUUGAAUAUAAGACCUGGAAAUCUACUUGACAUUGUAUCAUUUGAAAUAUUGAGAAGAUUUUGAUUUACGGCUAUGUAUUUUGAUCAUAUGAAAAUAUGGCAUGCAUCAUACAGUUCCCACUUUAUAUGGAACUCUGUGGAAAUAUACCCAGAAAAGUGAUGAUGUGUAUUCCUUCUAGGGUUUUGCCUGUCCAGAAAGCUGUCCACAUUCUUAGUAUUGUUAUCUCUUACCCUGCUUAAUUUCUAUAAUGAACUUUUCCAUCUUUCAAUUUGGACAGUACCAUUAACUGUUAAAAGGUGUGCUUACCAAAAUUAUACUGACUGAAUGGCAAACAGUGCAGAUCUGGAUCAGACUGCAUGGAUGUACAGGCUGAUCUUGAUCUACACUGGUUGCAAAGGCAGAAUCAGUUGUGUCUAGCAUGAUAAGGGUUGAUCAUUUUAACCUUUAGCCUGCUGCCGGCAAGUGAUUUUGCCUUUGCCACCAGUGCAGACUGAUCAUGGUCUGCAACUGUUCGCUAUUCAGUCAGUAAAUUUUCAGUGAACACACCUUCAGAUAAUAAAUGGUAUUGACCAGUCCAUUUUAGAAAUUUAGCAGGGUAAAGGUUAAAAUAAAUGUCAUUUCCAGUAUUUCAUACAUAAAAAGUACUGUUUAUUACAUUUCAUAAUUUUGUUUCGUUUGUACCAAAAUCACUAUGCUUAACCAUAGGGCAUAUCAAAACUAUUGAGGGCAUAUUAGUCACUUGGUGAUGGAUCAUGCAUUUGAUUAUUAGUGCUUAUUUUGAUAAUCCAGUGUUCAAAAUACGUUUUUUGAUUUGUGUAUAAAUUAGGCCAGUAAGAGUUGGAAGAUACUGCAUUCUAGUUCAUUGAAGCUGGCGUCAGUGUUUUAUUAUGUUUUCUUUAUGAAUUCUCCCACCUAGAAUUGGCCUUAAAUGAUCCUAUAUUACACAGUCAGACCUGCAUAUAAAACCAUGCUUUGAGGAGCCAAAAACAAAAAAAGAGAGAACUUUAUAGGGAGGUGAUCUUUAUUAACAUUUUUUAUGUACCGGUACGUCAAGCCAUAAAUUUUGGAAAUGCUACUAGUGGUUGUUAUGGCCAUGUUGUUUCCUUCCCACAGGUAGAUGGGAUUACAGGUCUGAAUAUGUGGGAGGAUAUUUGAUUUGUCUUCCUUGAAAUUACUUUAAUUUAGAAAGAUAUUCCAUGAUUUUCCUUUGCCACAAGAUUUGUUGUGAUUGCUUCAGAUCAAUAUUACUUGACAUAAUUAGAAAAUCUUUAUUUACAUGUAAUUAUAGUCUUGAAACACUGUCUCCUGCUACAGUAUCUUUGUUUAUAUUUUGCAUAAUGAUUUUUGUAAAUGUUUAGUGUUCUAUUGUGAAUCCUGGUGUGUUUUUUUUCAUGUGCACAUGUUCCAUGUACAAGUUUAUCCAUAUAAACAUGUUUCCCUUUGUUUCAUGUACACAUGUUUCAGUUGAUUCAUGCACACAUGUUCUACUUGGUUCAUGUAUACAUGUGCAAGUUGUUUCAUGUACAGUUGUUUCAUGUACACAUGUACCAGUUUGUUAAGGACAUAUAUCACAUGUUGAUUUCAUUGUUGAGAUGUAAAAACAUAAAGCCAGGAAAACAUUCCAUAGCAUAGAUAAUUAGUUCAUUAGAAAGUCUUCAUUUAUAGUCAUGUACUAUGCAGUAUUGGUGAUGAGAUUUAAAGUUAUAGAUCACUUUCUUUUAGCUAGACCUAUUUUUCAAAUGGACAAUGGUGUAUAUAAUUGAUGAACUUUGACAUAAUUAGAGUACAAAAAAGAGGUUUAUUUUGGCUUUUUAUUUCUUAGUAAGCUUCUGACAGUGAGGGCUUUUUUUCUUAUGUAGACUGUUCAUUUUGCAGGGAAAUAACUUUCACUUUAAACAACAUGCUGUGAACUUACAAAGAACACACAAGGGAAAAUCAGAAUCAAUGAAAAGCAUGUGUAUUUUGUGCGAUUAAUUGUUGUAUAAACUAUAACUAUGUUAUUAAUAUUUGUAAAUUUAAACAUUCUGUUUAAGUUAAAGAUUAACAAAAUCAUAUGUUUUAACAUGAACUUAUUUAUUUCCGGGUGUUCUAUAAAUAUCUUUACUUCAACUUAAGUUCUCUGUUAAGUAUUUUGUUCCAGUCUUGUAUAUAUUGUUUGUGUCAUUUUCAAAUCGUUAGAUGUUAAAUGUUCAAUUUUAUUUAUAAAUGUUUGUAUUUGUACCUCAUAUGUUUAAAGUUUGAACAAAUUUCAGGUGAGAAAUGAAAGUUCACAAUCAGGUAGAUGUUUUAGCGCUCAUACAAAUGUAUAAUGUAUUUAUAGAUAUAGGACAGUUUAUUAAUUAAUUAAUUAAUUGUCAUUCUGCAAUUUUUUUCUAGAAAUAUGCAAUAUAAUACUACUGACUAGAAGAUUAUGAAACUGAGGUUUAAGACCUGCUUAGCAAUGCAUUGUUAUGAUUGGUUGAUUCAAAAUUAUGCUUAGAAAGAACUAAUCUUGUCCCCAAACUCAGUUUUAUAACCUAGGUUGCAGUAAGUAAACUUAGGGAAGGCAUUAUUGCGCAACAUUUUACUUGGGCUGCUGUUAGAGAACAGGUGGUAGAGUGAUUGGCUUUGUUGUUGCUAGGUGCUGUCAACAUGUUGAGUGCCAGCCUGUGAUGACAUCAUGCUCAGAGGAGCACCUAGAGUCUGCCUCCACCAUCAAAAGCUUAUAAGUUGCUAUAUGACCUAUAAUUGUGCCAGUGCUGAUGCUGCAUGAAAUUAUUUUUUAGAAAAACAAGUUUAAAUCUAGAAGAGCCUUUGAUCAAAAUGUUCAUUGAGCUAGGUCUUUAUCUUCACCUGCAAUGAAAGUGGAUAACUCUUUUGGUUUAAAAAAGAUGUGCUUAAACUUAGAACAUUAAUAUAUAAACAAGGUAUUACAUAAUUUGCUACAGAAGUUUUCUCGUGCUCUGUUUUUGUAUAACAGAACAUUGAAAUCUUAUUAAAUCUUGUUUUCCUAUCUAUUUGUUUUUUAAAAAAUCAUUAAUAAAAAUCAUUAAUAAAAUAUUUAAACUGCUAUUGCAGAUGAUAUGUCUUAAUUUAAUCUGUAAAGUGAAAUUUUACUUACAUUUUUUUUGACAGUGUGGUAGUUGUAUAUCUGAUAUACUAGUGAAAAUUAUGAUCACAUAUCAGUGUUAACAUUGUUGCAAUAAAACCUGCUUAUAAAGCAGUUUUAAUUGACUAAAAAUCAAAUGAAAUACCCAAGAUCUUUGGACAAGAUGAAAUAUUCAGGGGAGAUAAUUGUGUUGGACAAGCUUUAAAUUUUUUUGUACAAAAUGAUUGGAAAAAUCUUCUGGGUAUUUAUAUAAAUAUGAGCCGCGCCAUGAGAAAACCAACAUAGUGACUUUGCGACCAGCCUGCGCAUCCACGCAGUCUGGUCAGGAUCCAUGCUGUUCACUUUUAAAGCCUAUUGCAAUUACAGAAAGCGUUAGCGAACAGCAUGGAUCCUGACCAGACUGUGCGGAUGCGCAGGCUGAUCUGCUAUUUUGGUUUUCUCAUGGCGCGGCUCAUGUGUGUUUUAAGUGAUUUGAUUACUAGUUAGUUUUUUGUUAUUUUCAGUGUAUUUACUUUUUGUUGAUGAAUUUAAACCUGGUUGUUAUGUUCAUACUGAUAGAAUAUGUAUUUAAAGGCACUGACCUCCAGAUUUUUACUAUAAAUGUUUUUUCUGUUAGAUUGAAGUUUGGUAAUAUUAUGAACAUUAGAACACAAGUUAAAUCUUUGAAAUGUCAAAUCAAGAAAAAAAACAUGCCCGAGUUGGGAAUCGAACGGGGUCGCUGCAGCAGUAAACAUUUUCCUGUGGUCUUAACCAGUACACCAAGGAGGAAUAUGUAUUUAACAGUUGUUUAAUAAAGAGCUUUAUAAUUAAGACUUUUAAUGGAAAAAUUAGAAAAAACAACUAAUUCUUUCGUGUUUCCAUAACUUUAUAAUCUUUCAGUAACUAAGUUCCAAGGCUUUCUAAAGAAAAAUAGCAAUAAUUUUCGGAUAUCUGAAAACAUUCUCAUUGUUUUGUAGUUGUACGAUCUGGAGGUCAGUGCCUUUAAUUUCACGUGUUGGAAAAAAAGCGGUUUUCAGUGCUUAGUGUCACAGGUUGCAAUCAGCAUUUGUAUAGGAAUACGUUAUGUUCUUGUUUAGCAGUUAAACUAAAGCAAGGCAUUUUUCUUAAUCCUGCAUUUUGAACCAGAUUCACAGUUGUGCCCGAGCAGUCAUGUAAAUUCUCAACCUGUUAAACAUAAGGUAUUGAAUGUUUGCUGUUGUUCAUUACUUACCAUUUAACCUGUGUUCAUUUCCACCAUUUCUCUAAAUCUGACCAAUUUGACCUGAUUUUACCUUAUACACAUGUUGAUCAUGUAUUCAUAUUGAUCACUCUAAUUAUGUUCUUUAAAAUUGUAUGAUAAUGUCAUAUUUAUUAUUAAAGAGAUGAGAAAUA